AUGCUGAAUUGUAAUUUAAGUAGCAGUAGUAGUAAUAUAAGUAGUAUUGGUCAUAGUAGUAGUAAUACUUUUAAUCAAAGUUUAGAGUUUGUUUCCAUUUUACAUUAUUGUGGUUUUAUUACAAAUCAUACAAUUACUACUACUACUACUACUACUACUACUACUACUACUACUACUACUACUACUACUACUACUACUACUACUACUACUACUACUACUACUACUACUGUGGUGCGUGCUGCUUAUGUCAAUAGAUAUGAAUAG